AUGGCUAUGGAUGAAGGAUUGCCAACGACGAGUACCACUGGGCAGUCGGAGUUGCAAAACCAGAGCCAGGGGGGAGGCUGGAGCCAAGCCUUGCAGAGCAUUGCGUGUAAUGAGUGCAGGCUUCGGAAAUCGAAGAUUCCCAAAGUUGUUCGGACUCCUUUGACGCGCCAAAACCUUACAUAUGCUGAAGACCGCAUACGAAAGCUUGAGGCAGCAAUUUCAACAUUGUUACCCAACGCAGACAUCGAAGCGUUAUUAGAAUCAUCUUCCUCUAAACAGUCAGAAGGCCAACGGCGACAAGAACCGGAACUCGAUCAAAAGCCUGUCUCCGUGGUUGUCCCUAAAUAUUUUGCGGUAGCUACAGAACCUUCGUCAGAGGCCCUUCCUCAACUUGCAGAUGGGUUCGGCUGGGCUGAAAGGGAACUUACUCUCACCGAGCUAUCAGAUGGCAUGGCAGCUCUUUCGAUCCGGCCUGAAGGCGCUGGAUAUCUUGGUGGUCCUUCAAGCGUUGCGCCACUUCGAGCACUCCUUAUGGGUGGUUGGGAUGUCAAUUCUUCCACUCAAUCAGAGGCAGCGGGUAAGGUUGCGCUUGAUUCCCAAUCAAUGAUGUGGCAAUCGACGCAUCCCGGAAUCGCACCUUCACAAAUUGUUGCUCAGACGGUGAUGGACGCAUAUUUUGCCAACUACCACACGAGUUAUCCAUUCCUCCACGAGGAAACAUUCCGAGCUCAGUUCGGCGAACAAAUCCCUAGGCCACGGGGCCAUGCAUGGCCGAUCCUUCUUAACACGGUUUUUGCCCUUGGUGCCUGGACCAUCGGAGAUGAUACUGUGGAUAUCCACGAAAUUUUUUACAAUGAAGCCAACCGAUACUUGCAACAUGUGUCAGUCUUUGAGAUAGGGAAUUUAGCAUGUGUACAGGCGUUCUUGCUCCUUAGCAAUUAUACGCAAAAGCGUAACAAGCCUAAUACUGGUUGGAAUUACUUGGGCCUUGCGAUACGGAUGGCGUUGAGUUUGCGUCUCCAUAAGGAGUUUCCAGAAUGGAAUAUUAGUUUGCUGCAACGGGAAAUGAGGCGAAGAGUCUGGUGGGGUGUGUUCAUUUUUGACAGUGGUGCAUCCAUCACAUUUGGAAGACCGAUUCUCUUGCCUGAUGCGAGCAUUAUGGAUGCGAAGCAGGUGCAGAAUAUCCCUGAUAACGCUUUGACAGCGUCAACGGAAGCCGUACCGCUUGAAACGGAUGAGCCAACUCUCUACUCAAGCCUAAUCGCCCAAGCGAAAUUCCAUCUAACAACCAAUGAACUUUACCACCGCCUUCUAUCAAACCGCAAUCUCUCAGCAGAAGAAACCUUAAAGCUGCAGACUCCCAUUGACGACUUCCUCUGCUCAUUACCAUCCUUUUUCGAACGUGAUGAUAGUCACCACGCAUACCCGCUAAUCACUCAUAUUGUGAGCGCAAAUUCUGCGAAGACCGGAGCAGGACCCUCGGGCAGCAAUAGUGCCGCCCAACAUGAUGAUGAGAGACUCCGUCAUGCAUGGGAGGCGAAUAUGGCUGGUAUAAUUUCGCAGGAGAUGGGCUCGCAGAAUCAGGAUAUGAUGUUCAGCGAUGCGUAUUCGUUCUUCGCAGGCGUGGCUGGUAAUCAUGAGAACUUGAGAAACUUUGGCGUAGUUCCAGGAGUGGCUGCUUUCGAUACUAGCCGUGCUUCUGGUUCUAGGCCUGAUCUGCUUGGCGGUACUAGCGGUGGGAGUAAGGAUAUCGCAUCCAUGGAGAAUGCUGCAGCUCGAGGUGGCAGUGGACCUGGCCCCGCUGCUGCUGCUGCUGCUGCUGCUGCUGCUGGGAUGGAGUUUUUCGAUUGGAUGGGCUUUGGCGCGGAAGGUGGUGUGGAAGGGAGGAGGUAUAUUUAA